AUGCCUACCACGCUUCACAAGACGCGCAAGCAGAUCUCAAAAAAGAGAAAUGGUGUCAUUAACGCCCUUCAUGAAAAGUCCAGAGACUCCAUGCGUCUUCACAAGGCUGGUGUAAGAGAUCAGCGUAUUGAGAAGCUGGCUGCUGCAAGAAACAAGAAGGAGCAGCCACUCGUUGAUCGUGUAUCUUUCUUUCAGCAAGGGCUGCGUACCAAAGACAGAGAAAGCAAUGGCGCCCCAGAGCUGGAAGAGAUUCAGCGCAUGAUUCACAACUUUGUUCACCAAUACGACGAAGAGUACGACGCAGUCAAGAAGACCCGCCGCCCCGGUCGACCUGCAAGUGUCAAGGAGGACCUUCUCAAAGCCAAGAUCAACCUCCUCGAGGAAGAGUACAAGGGUGGAUUCAUCAUGCCUGAUCUCUUGGACAGCCACAAUGUCAAUGUUCUUCUCCUUUGGGAGGGCUCUUGGUCGUAUCUCACUCAACUGAAAUGGAUCAAGGUCAACAAUGAAGGUCAGGACCGGAUAAAAGAGAACGAGCACCAUUCCAUCUGGCAAGUUCACUUAGACUUCAACAACCUCGACUACCUACAUACUACCUCGGGACCACUUGAACACCAAGGGUCGAGAGAAGCAAGAUCUUUGGCUAUCCAUUUUCAGUUAUACGGAGUGGAAGAAGUGUUACUGAAUGGCCAAUUUUGGGGAGCUAAGAAGGGCAAAUGUGUAACGCUUUAUUAG